UGCGAUCUUAUUCUGAUGGCCCACAGAUUGAGAUCAACAUCCCGGUAACAAAAAAGCUGACUUUACUGAUUGAGAUGUGUUCGUCUUCAGUGCCGUCUGGGAAUGUAAAACAGGCGCAGAGUCAAGAUCUGAGUUCUGCUAGCGUGGUUAUGUCACGACUUGCCGGCCACCGGAAAUUUACCGUGAUAUUGCGACCAUACGAAGCGGAGCAAUUUAUAUCUUUAGCAGUGACUAUGAUGUGGAUAUUUUUCGAGGGUGGGUAUCCACAUAAAUCUGUGUAA